CACGCCCCUCGCCGCUGGAGCCUUUCCGUGGUGGUGGACCCUGAGCCCUCUUCGGAUCCUGGGAAGAGCCAGGAUGGCCUCGCGCAAACCCGGCAAGGCCAUGCCGGCCCUCCCAACGACUUCAUCGCUCUGGGAGCCAAAUCUCAAGGUGGGUCGGUCAAUGCCAAAGCCGGAUCCUCAGCCUCCGCCCACAAUCCCGGGACGCACGUCUUCCAGCCCAAGAAGCCGAAAGGCGGGGCCGGGGCUGGAGCCGGGUCGGUGGGUCCGCAUCGUGCCCUGGCCGGCGGCUCCGGUGUGGGGGGUGUUAAUGCGGGUGGGUCUAGUAUUGCCCCGCCGGCCGUGUGGGAGUCGCUGGCCCGGGAAAUUGACCCGGUGGAGUUGGUUAGUUCCGUGAUGAGUGCGCUGAGUGGUGAUGAGCCGGAUCGGGCCGUGGCUUGGCUGUGCGGAUCGGUGCGGCAACUGCGGGUCCAGCGAGCCAAGCCCGAUCAAGUGUUGUAUUUGUCGCUGUUGUACUUGGCCAAGCAUCAGCCCGAGUUAUUCUCGGGCAGUGACCAUUUGGUGGAAGCCUUGUGCUCGUUGCUCAAACGCGAUGUGAAAGAGAGCUACAAAUCCAAGGGCAAUGCUUUAGUGGGCGUGCUGGCCGCUAAUGUUUUGUUGGCCGCCUUCCAGAAGGAGCGCAAUUGGCCCGAGAUCUUUGUGCGCGUGUUCAUCGAUGACGCCAUGGGGGAGCGAAUCUGGGUCGAUCAUCCGGAUUGCAAAGGCUUCGUGGACAAUGUGAUGACGGCUUUAGGCACACGAUUGCCGCCGCAUAGCGUAUUUUUAAAGCCCGAGAGCGGCCGAGAACAGUGUCCGUCGCCCCCGGUGGGUGGAGGCAGUGGUUCGGGCUCGGGCUCGGCCACGCCCACCCGAGUGACCGAUGACGAUUCCCUGCAGGGCUUGGACAGUGGCGGUUUGUUGGGCUUGGAAGGCCGGGAGCCCAUGGAUGUGGGCGUGCUACCCCGCUAUCAGGGCUUGCAGAACGUCAUUGAGCAUCUCGUGAUGGAGAUCGUACGCGAGCAUUUGAAUCGCCGCCAAGGGUCGGAUAAUAUCACCCGGAACUUCUUGCGCUUCUUGACAUCGGCCUGUGGACUAGCCGAGGUUCGCUUGAUUGUCAUGUCCAAAAUUGAAAUGUGGGUGAUGAGUCCCAAGGUGAGCAAGAUCGCCCAAGAGCUUUUAACGAGUGUGGCUUUGAAUUGCAACACGCACACUCAGAUCGAUAUCGACGUUUUGGGUCAUUUCGCCAAGCUCCGCUUCAAAAAUAAGCCCAACAUCAAUUUGUAUCUGCAUUGCAUUCGAGAGCUGAGCUUAGCUCACAACGACAAUCUUCCCACCAUCAUCAAGCACACCAUCUUCAAUGAGCUGUCUAACGCCCGUAACACCAAUAACAUGGGCAUCAUCAACGUGAUCUUCACAUCAGAGCCCGAGCGAGCAGCCUCCAGUUUGGCCUCGGUCUUCAUGGACCUCUUGUUGCAAAAAGACUGCUAUUUGAGGGCUCUGCGGGCAUUAUUACGAGAGAUCGUGAGGGCUUUACGAUACGACAUCAACCUGCAGUGCUUUUGCGCACAACUGAUGCAGGAACGACCCAAAGAAGCCAUCUUCAAAGACUUUGAAGCCAAGGAUCGGCUGUUCUCGUCCUUGACGGACAUCAUUGUUUUAUCGAUGUUCCUUGGGAUCUCACCCCAAGUGCGAGAAGUGAUAAAUGGCCAGUUAAGAAACGACAAGAAGGAUACGACCCCGUUAAAGGCCUUCUUGAAACAGGUGUCGCUAAUCCAACGGGAUGCCAUGUGGUGGUUCCUGGAUGUGGUACCCAAAUACUUUGUUCAGAAGGGGGGAGCCUCACCCGCCCUGUUUGCCAAAUGUCUCCAUAAAAUCCUGUUCAUGACCACCCACGACGAGUACUUCCUCAUCGAUGGCUGGCCCGGCGAAACGGACCGUCACAUCUAUUUCAAGGCCAUCGCCGAAGUCCCACUGCACCAAGACACCCUGAUGCGAAUCCUUCAGAUUGGACUCAAUAAGAACCUCCCCUUAAACGGGCGAGAUACGAUCGAUCUAGCCGAGUUCUUGGUGAAGCGAGCCGCCAAUUUGUACCCUUUGGCCUCGGAGGAGUUUCCGAUCUUGGCCUCGGACAAACCCUCGGAGAUCAUCGAAUGGUUGUUCCAAUUGGCAGCCUACGUGGUUCCAGAUUCCAUUCCUCUGCCUCCCGAUUAUUCGCCGCCGUCGUUGGCCAUUUCCACGGCCUAUUGGAAGGUAUGGAACAUCCUCACCGUGUACUGCGCAUACAACCCCAGCGAAUACGGGGCCAAUGCUUGGGAGACCUAUCCAUCCUUAAGAGCUUUCAUGGAAAUGUGCAUGACGAACCAAUUCGUGUUCCCGCCUCCAACCAUCGCGUCGGGAGAAGAGGCCGAGGCCUUACGGGCCCAGGAGGUGCAAUCCGUCAUCGCCGAAAAAGAGGCCAUCUUGACGUUCGAAAACCAUCUCGCUCAAGACACCAUCACUGAAAGUAACAGCCUCCUGCUACCCCAAUUGAUUACGUUGACUCCCGAUGGACCGCUCAGGAGGCCCCCUCAGGCUGUCCUCGAGGCUUUAAAGGGCAUUAACUCCCAAUUGAGAAUUGGCCACUUGCUUUGUCGAAGUCGGAAUCCCGAUUUUCUCCUGGACAUCUUACAACGACAGGGCACGAGUCAAGCCAUGCCUUGGCUGGCGGAUCUCGUGGAAUCCAGUGAGGGCUCUCUGAAUGUGCUCCCAGUGCAGUGUUUGUGCGAGUUCCUGUUGAAUAGUGAUCUGAAUCUUCAAGCCAAGAGUGAGUUUACCGACGAGAUGAACCGCGAGAUUGAGGCCAAGAAGCAGAAACAGCUACAGUUGCUACAACAUCUUCAGGGGCUGCUGCAAAACUCCCAGAGUGACCCAAGGUCCUGUUUCGAGACCUUGGAUUACUUCUUGCGAAGAUUGAGCUCGCAUCAAACUCACCAGCGAUUGCAAGCUCUCAAGGGACUCAAGAUGAUUCUGACACCCUAUCCGAGUGAUGGGGCCUCCGAGACUGGGGGGCCGUCACCCAUGGAGGUGGACGAGCCGCUGGAUGAUAACAAGUGGCUACUCCAUCAUUUGACCAAUCUACCGUUCUUCGACGAGUUCUUCCCGCACAUUUCGGCUGCUCUUCGCACGGCCUGUCAAGUCGAGAACGAGCCCAAUGUGGUUGGUCUCUACAUGCAGUUCCUGUGCCGCUACCGACCCAGUGGUUAUGCAGAUGAGACCGAAUUGUGUCUCGAUAUGGCCUCCAUCAUUGUGGAACGGUCCACUAUUCUCCCGGCCAUUCUGCUUGGGCCACUAUGUAAAUCCAGUUGUGCGAGUGAGACCUUCUAUCACCUCCUGUAUCUCUUCACUCAAUUUAUGAAACGCACUCGCGAUCCAACCAAUUCCGCCGCUGGACCCAGUGGAUGGUCCACGGAAAACCAAGCAGAAUUGAUCACCGUCGUCUGGGGACCCUCCAAUCUCUCGGCCACUCUCCACUUUUUUGUGGUUCACGCUCAAAUCAUCUUGCUCACCUUUCAGCCAGAUGAGAAAUGCAUGGGACCGUUCCAGGAAAUGCUUCAGGUUUGGUUCCCACCGGAUCUGAGUCUGCAUCCAAAGGCUUUUUUGGUGGACACGAGGGAGGAAGCCAUUCUCAUUCCCGAUUGGCUGAAAUUGAAAAUGAUUCGCUCGGAUGUGGCAGCUUUGGUAGAUGCGGCUCUCAAUGAACUCGAAGCCAGUCAAUUGAUUCUGUUUAUCCAAUCGUUUGGUAUUCCAGUGGCCUCCAUGUCCAAACUACUUCAGUCGCUCGAUGUGGCCGUACGCUUGGACUCGGUGGGGGUCAAUGAAGCGGUCUUGGAUAAGAACUAUAUGGGCCAGUUAGUGGCUGUCCAGCACAAACGAGGCGCCACGGGGGGACACGUGUUUGCCAAGACACUUCAUUUGCAAUUGCAUGCAGGCGAGGAGAGGGAGCAAACCACCCAUGAAAAGAUGGCAGUCGUGGGGAAACUAUCCGAACCCAUUAUUCCACCUCGUUCCACCGCCAUGAUCCCUCCCGGCCAUGUUCGCAACACUUUAUUGCACUUGUUCGAUGUAGGCUCGCCUUCGCGCAUGACAAUGAAGGAGAAACAGGACACAUUUCGGACCCUGCAAAAGUUCUUGGCUCGAGAAAUAUCCAGUGACAGUCCAACGAAGCCCAUUCUUGAGGCCACCGUCAAGGCCUUGGACUCCAUUCUGAAAUCUGAUCUACGCUCCGCCUUUGUUCAAUCCAUGGCGCAGCGCACAGCCUUCUCAUGUGGAUUGUUUCGCCUCAUUUCGUCGUCAAUGUCGCGUCCUCCCUUGAACAACCUCCCGUCUUCAAAGGUUCUUAUUCAAGUGGGUGACAUCUUAGCCAAUGAGAUGGCCCUCAAAGGCCUGAAAAGCCCACUCACGGCCUUGGUGGAAAACUAUAAGCAACGUAUGGGCAUCUUUUCGGUCCCGGAAGUGAAAGAGGAACCUUUGUUUGAUCCAUCAACGGGCUCUUUAGAUGAAGAGGUGGCCUUAAACAAGUUGAGCCGAACAUCCACGGCCGUGUUCGAGACCCAAGUCAAACAAAUGGUGAAGAAUGCUUUGAAACGACGCUCAACCGGCCCCUUGGUCAAUUCCAUGUCCCAACUCCUGCUCCAAGAAGCCAAGGAGAAGCAGCAAAUUGAUUUAAUGGAGCGGAAGGGAAUGAAAAUCGAGCGGGAAUUAGACGACAAAGGUCUCCGUGAACGUGAGGCCAAAUCGAAAGUGGGCCUCCUCGUGGACUGGCUUGAACUAUUGGAUCCUGAGCUCAUUCAAGUUAGUCCCGAGAUCCAGCAGCAGCUACUCUUCUCAAAAUGUCUUUUAAAGAGCUCGGGAGUGGCUUUGCGAAGAGAACGCUCAGCUCAGCCGUAUCUGCUAUCGAUGCUCACUCAUCAAGCCAGUUGGAACAAGUUGCGCGAGACCAUAGACUACGUUCUGCGAGAUUUUGAUCCCGGACUGGAUGCCGAAGCGGUAUUGGAUUUCCUGAGCUCAUGCAUUCUCAUUCCCAAGCUGUGGCAUGGACGUGACAAGCAUUUGCCCAAACAUGAGACGCCCCAAGACGUCCUGGCGCUCACCUGGCCUCAAUUGGCCGUUAUGAUCGACUAUCUUCUUCAAGAGGCCCACGAUUCAGCCUCGGAGGACACGGCUUCCAUUUUCCGUCAUCGGAUUCCACUAGUGAUUCGCUGUCUAAAUGACGCCCACAAAUCGAGGGCUGUGGUGGAUUACCUCAUCCUCAAGUUGACCCAACCCGUGGACGAGAACGACAAACGGGUGGUUGCGCCCAAGGGCGUGGUCCAAGAGCUGUUGCUUCAGAUCUAUAUGAAGAUGCCGAGUUGUCUACUUCACCUGACGGACGCCGAGUCCCAUUUGCCCCGAGACUUAAAGGCCUUUGGGAACACGAGUGUGGUGGACACGGUGGCCCACACUCUGCUCUCAGCUUUGUCUGCCACGCAACAUGGCCGACAAUGGGGUGUUCAGAUGUUGGAGUUUGAGUCGGCCAUCCGUAAACUGACCUCGUCGCAUCCCCUUCUGAUGUUGCGCAACGUCCCAUUGAUUGCGGCCUCGCUCAAAGGUCGCACGGACUACGAUUUUUCCUUCUUCCGCAGUCGGAACCACAUGACUUUGUAUAACAUUGCUCUGGGAUUAUUGGAGCUUUUGAAGCCGUAUGUGUUUCGCCCGGAAUACCAAGAACCCCUUCAGGCUGCCCUGGGGUGCUACUUUGAUAUGCUUGGCGCCUUCUACCACCGGCGGGAUUCAAUCUUCGGUCUCAUUGACAAGUUCCUCACGUUCCUUCACGAUUACCUAGCCCACCAACCGCAGACUGCGUCGAAGUUCAUCGUGGACGAAGGACAGAUCUUGCCCGACUUGGCAAGUGCCAUGCCUAAUAUGAAUUCGCUCAAACAGCUGGUGGCUUGCAUCAACUUCUCUGCUGAAGGAGUGGCCAACAGCACCACAGGGUCGAAUUAUGCUGUGGUGGAGAAGCGUGAGGCCGCUAAUGAGGCCAAUCGGCUGUUGAAUAACCUUUCGUUAACCAAUUUGGAAGAAGAUGUUGUGGCCAUCCUGUUGGAGGUGAACAAUCUCGCCGUGGCCAAGCCCAUUAUCUUGGAACACUUUGUGGACGAGACCAACUACUAUCUGUCCCAUCCGAACAAAGGGGUGAGGAAUCAAGCCUACCACCUCUUGCUGAAACUUCUUCGGUCGUCACCCAAGUCCUCUCGACAAGUGGUUCUGUCCUAUAUUGGUUGUCUGGAAUCAGGCCAUCCCGCUGUGAUCCAAAGCGCUCUGGAGAAGUUGCCUGACAUUGCUGUUCUGUGUGAGGAACGUCUGUGCACGAUCCUUCAAACUGUUUUCGCUUUGGGGCUCUACUCGAACAUGAGCGUGACACAAUACAUCAUGGAGACGGUGGCCGUUCUCAACGCUCGUCUGGGUUACUAAUUUGAUGGGAACUCUAGUACUACUACCACGACCACCGCUACUACAAUGACGACGACCACGAUGACGACGAGACUACGACACUACCACAAGACAAUGUUAUCUAUGCGAUGGCGUGUAAGCAUUAUUAGUAGAAGAGAAAGGUACAAUAAAGAAAACCUAAAGAAAACA